AUGAGCACUCCCCUUAUUUUCUACGACAUCUCGUCCCCAUUGCAGCCCCGAUCCUAUGCACCCAACCCCUCGAAGACGCGCCUCGCGCUCAGCUUCAAGCGCGUGCCCUUCACCACCAAGUGGGUCGACAUCCUGGACAUCCCCGCGACGCGCAAGGCGCUCAACUGCGCAGCCGUGCGCAAGCUGGACGACGGCUCCGACUACUACACGCUGCCGAUGCUGCAGGACCCGGCCUCCGGCGCCGUCGUCGGCGACUCGUUCGACAUCGCCAACUACCUGGAGCAGCAGUUUCCCGACUCGGGCGGCUGCCUGUUCCCUAAGGGUUCGACGCGCACAGGGCUCGACUACGUCACCCCCUUCAAGGACUCGGUGUUCUACGCACCCCUGAGCAUUCGCGACGGCGCCGACAACCCAGAGUACGCCGAGUUCAACGUCAACGUUGACACGACGUUCACCGUCAACAUGCAGCUGGUCGGCUACUUCCUGCCGUUCAACCCGGAGACCGCGGAGGAGUGCCGCGUGCUCUUCGCCAAGCGCGCGCACCUGCCGUCGUGGGAGACGCUGCGCGUGCCGCCGGAGGACCGACCGAAGCUGAUGGCCGCGUUCAAGGACGCGAUCGCGACGCUGGCGGCGUGCUUCAAGGUCCACGAUGGCCCCUACCUGGAAGGCCAGCAGGCAAACUACGCGGAUCUGAUCGUGGGCGGGUGGCUCAACUGCUUUUUCGAAACCAUGCCGGCGGAGGAGUGGGCGGAGUUCAGGACCUGGCACGAUGGCGUGUUUGCAAGGCUGCAUGACGCGCUGCAAAAGGAUCAUUACAUUUGCAACUAG